CAAACUUUUCUGAUUCUGCAAAUUCUUCGACCGAAACUACAGCUCCAAAUGCAAAAAAAAAAUCCUACAAAUCUGUCAAAAUUGAAAUUUUUUGCUAAUUUUUCGGCGAUAUUAACAAUCCAUUUUCCUCAAAGGAUCAAUUUUCACAGUCGAUUUCUAAGGAUUUGAAAUUGUUGAAAAGGAAAUUCAUGUUAAGGAAAUCACCAAAAAAAAUAAUGCUUUCACGUAUUGGCCGCUCGACAUCAAAGGCUUCUCGCUCCAAUAUUCACAAAGGUGUUGGAUAUGGUGUGAGGUCGGUGGUGUUGGAUGAAGUGGCAACGCGCGGCGCGUGCAUUACACGCAUUGAUGGCGGGUUAGGGUUUGUGAGAACGUAUUUGGCGGUGAUUGGAGGUGGAAGGCAGGGUUUGGGUAAGGCGUAUUUGUCGGAGAUCGAUUCGGUUUUUGCAAGUUCUAGGCUCAGGAGGUUUUUCUGUAGUGGAUGGCCAAAGAGAAGAAACUAUGAGAACUAUUAUCCAAAUAACAAGAAAGAAAUUCCCAAAGCAAAUAAUAAUCAAAAGGCCGAGUCGGGCGAAGGUUCAGGUGAGCAAGGAAAUCCUCUGGAGAUCGCCAUUAAGCGACACCACAAAUAUCGAACACCCUUAUUAUUUAUUUCGUUUAUUCUGUCAUGUAUCAUCGUGUUUCCUCGAGAGCAGCAGGAGAUUAGCUUCCAAGAGUUCAAAAACAAGCUACUUGAAGCUGGUCUUGUUGAUAGGAUUGUUGUUACUAACAAAUCUGUAGCCAAAGUUUAUGUGAGAAGAUCUGCACAUGAUUCUGAUCAAAUUGGUGAUGACACUGUUCAAGGUCCUGUAACUGGUAGAAAUGAUAGAAGAAAUACGAGCAAGUACAAAUAUUACUUUAACAUUGGGAGUGUCGAGUCAUUCGAGGAGAAGCUUGAAGAAGCACAGGAGGCAUUAAGAAUAGAUCCUCAUAAUUAUGUUCCAGUUACAUAUGUUGAUGAGUUGAAUUUGUUCCAAGAAGUGAUGAGGUUUGGUCCAACAGUGUUGCUUCUUUCUGUCUUUUAUUUUAUGGGACGGAGAGUGCUAAGUGGGAUGGGUGUUGGAGGCCCUGGUGGAAAAGGUGGUCGUGGAAUAUUUAACACUGGCAAAGCUCAUUUCACGAAGAUGGAUAAAAAUGCCAAGAAUAAGGUCUUCUUUAAAGAUGUGGCUGGAUGUGAUGAGGCAAAGCAAGAAAUCAUGGAGUUCGUCCACUUCCUUAAAAACCCGAAGAAAUAUGAGCAGUUGGGAGCCAAAAUUCCGAAGGGUGCUCUUCUAGUGGGUCCUCCUGGAACUGGGAAGACGCUUCUGGCCAAAGCUACAGCAGGAGAGUCUGGUGUACCUUUUCUCUCUAUUUCUGGAUCAGAUUUUAUGGAGAUGUUUGUUGGUGUUGGACCAGCGAGAGUUAGAAGCUUAUUUCAGGAGGCAAGGCAGUGUGCACCUAGUAUAAUUUUCAUUGAUGAGAUUGAUGCCAUUGGUCGAGCAAGAGGGAAAGGUGGCUUUUCUGGAGGACAUAGUGAACGUGAAAGCACUUUAAAUCAACUGCUUGUUGAAAUGGACGGUUUUGCAACCACAUCUGGUGUGGUUAUACUUGCUGGCACAAAUAGAGCUGAUAUAUUAGACAAAGCCUUGUUAAGACCCGGUCGAUUUGAUCGUCAAAUUACCAUAGACAAACCAGACAUAAAAGGCCGUGAUCAGAUAUUCCAGAUCUAUUUGAGCAAGUUGAAACUUGACCAUGAGGCAUCCUUUUAUUCACAGAGGCUUGCUGCUCUAACACCAGGAUUUGCCGGAGCAGAUAUUGCAAAUGUUUGUAAUGAAGCUGCUUUAAUUGCCGCUAGGAAUGAGAGCACAAUAAUUACAAUGCAACAUUUUGAGGCAGCAAUAGAUAGGGUAAUUGGAGGUCUUGAGAAGAAGAAUAAGGUCAUAAGCAAGCUAGAAAGGCGGACAGUUGCCUACCAUGAAUCUGGUCAUGCUGUUGCUGGAUGGUUCUUGGAACAUGCAGAACCAUUACUAAAAGUGACAAUUGUUCCUCGGGGUACGGCAGCCUUGGGAUUUGCUCAGUAUGUUCCUAAUGAAAAUCUUUUAAUGACUAAGGAACAGCUAUUUGAUGUUACAUGCAUGACUCUUGGAGGUCGAGCUGCUGAGCAGGUUUUGAUUGGGAAGAUCUCGACUGGUGCCCAAAAUGAUUUGGAGAAAGUCACCAAAAUGACAUAUGCCCAAGUUGCUGUCUAUGGUUUCAGUGAAAAGGUUGGUCUUCUUUCUUUCCCACAAAGAGAUGAUGGAUUUGAGAUGUCAAAGCCUUACAGUAGCAAGACAGCAGCAAUUAUCGACAAUGAAGUAAGAGAAUGGGUUUCCAAGGCAUAUGACCGCACCGUGCAACUUAUUGAGGAGCACAAAGAACAUGUUGCACAGAUUGCAGAGUUACUACUUGAGAAAGAGGUCCUUCAUCAAGAAGAUUUGGUUCGGGUAUUGGGUGAACGCCCAUUCAAGAGUCAUGAACCCACAAACUAUGAUAUAUUCAAGCAAGGAUUUGAAGAAGAGAACAAAGAAACAAAAGAUAACCCUGAAAAUAAGACUGUAGAAGAUAAUGGAUCACCACCGGUCGUACCUGAGGUUGUUCCAUUAUAGUUGUGGGGUGGUGUAGUUUCUGUCUGGAUAUUCACUUAUUAGAAAGUUGUUGAAGAGAGAAAGAAACACGUCUUGAUAUUAAUAACAAAGAAAUCCUUUUCUCAUUUUGCCCCCAUGAAAUCACGAAGGUCUGAUUGUAUCAGGUUUGUAAGGGCUGUUUCUCUUUAUAGUACUUGCUUACAGGUAUUUCUUGUAACCACUGUAGAAGCCCUACUCUGCAGUACUCUAAUUUACGUGACUUCCAGAGGCUGCAUAAAUUUAAUCUACCAGACAAAACGUGGCUGCAGAAAUCUAGUUUACCAGACUUCCAGUUGCAAUACGUUAUUUCUAACUGUUUCCAAUGCAGUAAAGUGAACCAGAGAAUAAUUGGGCAGGGAAAGGUAGAAGAGGAGACGGGUUAUUGAUGGAAUUGAAUGAAUCUUCUCCCUGAUGGUUGGCGUGCUUAGAAGCAGUUCAUGGUUCCCAUGUAAAAUUCUACGAGGUCGAGUUCAAAUUUCAGCAGAGACCAUAAACGCUACAAUUAUUCGGUAUGUGUGUAAAUGAAAUAUGACAGAUACUCGAAAAAAUAAUCAAGGUGUACAAGCUGACCAGACACAAUCAUAUUUUGUAAAAAGGUCAACUACAUGAAGUGAGAGCGUGGCUUAAGAAGUUGAAGGUUAAGUUAGAAGAUUAGUAGGUAAUUUGGGUGUUAUCACACUUUGUUUCUUUUUCUUCUAUGAAGUUGAAGAUUAAGUUAGAAGAUUAGUAGGUAAUUUGGGUGUUAUCACACUUUGUUUCUUUUUCUUCUAUGUAUAUUACCAUCUGUUAUUUCAUUUGAUUUGUAUUUUGUUGUCA